UCAGGUAAACUCUGAAACCUCAAACCUAGCGAGGAUUUCGUUGUUGAAAAGAAUCUUGGGUUUUCAAUUGGGUUCCUUCAUAUCGCACAUUCUCACAGAUAAUAUAGUUGAAUUUUGUUUUUUUUUUGAAACCUAAACUUGACAAUCAAUCGCCAUUGAAAUCAAGAAUGAAGAGAGAGCUAGCUUUCGCAUUGGAGGCUCGAUCUCAGUUCGCUUGCUUCUAUGGUCGGACACGAUCUUCGAAAAGUCCAUCACUUCAGUUCAGUAAUACUAGAAGGAAGAAUAAAGUGCGAUCAUCCAUUGAUCUUUCUGAGAAUUUGAUUGAUGAAGUUCAUGUGAGUAGACGGAGGAAAAGGGCUAAAACUGGGAUUCCGGAUGGCGAUUCGAUAAAUGUUGAUAAAUCAAAGGGGGACGAUCAAUCAGCCACGGUUAAAGUAGCCAAGGGCGAAGAAGAAUCGGCCACCGUGGAAGUAGCCAAGGGCGAAGAAGAAUUGGCCACCGUGGAAGUAGCCAAGGGUGAAGAAGAAUCGCCCACCGCGGAAGUAGCCAAGGGCGUAGAAAAGGAUACAAAAUUGGCGCAGGUGUACGUGAAGCGUAAAAACAGAAAAAAACAAGUGAAUGACAGUACUCUUAAGAGAUUUACGCGAUCAGCAGUGAAGGAGAAGGAGGAGAAUGUGGAAGAAUUGGGGACUCCAACCAGGAAGAAGAUGGAAUUGAAAAUGUCUAAGAAGAUUGGGUUGGGUAGAAUGCCGACUAAUAUGAGGGAGCUUCUUGAGACUGGUAUGCUAGAGGGUUUCCGUGUUUUCUACGAUUUCGAUAACGAGGGAAGAAAUCUACAAGGGCUAAUCAGAGGUGCUGGCAUACUGUGUUCUUGCAAUUUGUGUGAGGGUACCAAAGUUAUUUCACCCUCUCAAUUUGAAAUGCAUGCACGCAAAUCUUACAGACAUGCGAUAAAGCAUAUCUGCCUUGAAAAUGGGAAAAGCCUCCUUGAGGUGAUCGAAGUAUGUAAAGCAUCGGCGUUGGAAACACUAGAAGUAGCAUUUCAGGCUGUAAUUAGUUCAUUUCCUGAGAAGGGACCUUCCAUGUGUACAAGAUGCAAAGGCUCCAUUGAACCAUCCUCUACUGGGAAUUUGUUAAUUUGUGAUUCUUGCGUGGUGCAAGCUGGAGAAAAGAUUGCAAUUUGUGGGGAAGUAAGGACAUCAAGUCCAGUUCGGAAGGCCUUUGCAAGUACCCUUAUUCCAAUUUCGUCAAAUAAGAAGAGUCGACGAGGGAGAAAAAGAAAGUCAUCAAAGGCAGAUCUGAAGUCAUCGAAAAGUGCUGCAAGUUGUAAAUUGUUACGUAAUAAGAUAAAAGUGAAGAUAUUAAAAAGGUCAUCAAGGUCCGCUUCUCUACCAAGGUCCAUUGAAAGUGCUACUAAAUGUACCUCCUCUCAACAGAAGAAUCGAACAAAGCUAACAAUGAAGAAUCAGGGGAUGCAUUGGUCAGUUUUUGAGGAUGGAGGAUUACCUGAUGGAACUGAACUAACUUAUGUUAGUCAUGGAAAGAAACUUCUAGAUGGUUAUAAGUUGGGCCGUGGAAUAUAUUGUUUCUGCUGCAACACUGAGGUCAGUGCCUCGCAGUUUGAAGCUCAUGCUGGUUGGGCCUCACGCAAAAAACCCUAUGAAAACAUUUACAUCUCAAACGGAGUGUCUCUCCAUGAAUAUGCAGUCUCCUUAAAGAAAAACCGCAGAUGUCCUGUGAAGUUUAAUGAUGAUCUGUGUAGAAUUUGUGGGGAUGGUGGAAAUCUCUUGCUUUGUGAUGGAUGCCCUAGGUCGUUUCAUCAAGAAUGUGCAUCUGAACUGAGCAUCCCUCGUGGAAAAUGGUAUUGCAAAUAUUGCCAACACUCACUGAAGUUUGUGGGAGAAAGUGUCAACGCUGUAGCAGCUGGAAGGGUUACAGGGAUUGAUCCUAUAGAGCAGAUAACAAAGCGUUGCAUUCGUAUAGUGAAGAACCCAGAAAACAAUGAUCUUGUUGCAUGUGUUUUGUGCAGAUGCCAUGAUUUCAGCAAACAUGUCUUUAAUGAUCGAACAGUUAUAGUUUGUGAUCAGUGUGAAAAGGAAUAUCAUAUUGGCUGUCUGAAGGAACAUAAUAUGGCUGAUUUGAAGGCAUUGCCAAAGGGGAAGUGGUUCUGCUGCAUGGGUUGUGAGAGAAUUCAUUCCAUUUUGAAGAAUUUGCUAACUCGUGAACCAGAGAUGCUCCCUGAUGCUCUAUUGGCUUUAGCAAGGGAGAAGCAAAAGGAUAACGGGAUAGACGGCAUUGCUAAAUCUGAAAUGAGGUUUAUGCUUCUCAGUGGCAAGAAUGCUUCUCGUGAGACCAGAUCGUUGCUGGCACAAACUGUCGAUAUCUUUCAUGAAUGCUUUGACCCUAUUAUUGAUGCAACAACUGGACGUGACUUUAUUCCGUCAAUGGUGUAUGGAAGGAAAAUUUGGAGCCAAGAUUUUGCAGGAAUGCUUUGUGCAAUAUUGAUAAUGGACUCAAAUGUAGUAACAGCUGGAACCCUUCGAGUUUUUGGACAGGACAUAGCGGAGCUCCCAAUUGUUGCUACAAGUAAAUGUAACCAGGGGAAGGGCUACUUUCAACUAUUAUUUACUUGCAUCGAGAGAUUACUUUCGUCUUUGAAAAUAAAGAAGAUUGUGCUUCCAGCUGCAGAGGAAGCUAAAUCCAUAUGGACCAAAAAAUUUGGUUUUCAAACGAUAGCACCAGAACAGCUUGGCGACAUGCGGCAAACAUGCUCGGCUAUGAUGACAUUUAAAGGAACAUCCAUGCUACAAAAAGAAGUUCCUGAAGCUGAGAAUGGUGUUACAGAUGCAGGUGAUGGCAUUUUCAACCUUUUUGUGGAAUAGUUGGGUAAUGAAUCCCCAUUUUUUUUUGCUUUUUUGGCGGAGAAGCUUAAGCUUGUUUAUGGGGCUUAGGUAAUUAUAGUUGAUGGUAGACUAUAUAUAUAGAGAGAGCAAUCUUUGGAAGUUUUCUUUUUAUGUUUUUAGUUGUUUUAAACAAUGAAUAUUGGCCACCGGUUAUGAUGGAUGAAAUGAUUAGUUUUAGC